AUGAAGUUCCCACAUCAAUCGGAAAUUAUGUAUCCACAUGACAUCUAUAUUCCGAAAAAUUUCAUUAUUCCGUCCGGAAAUGUUUUCAAAUUUAAAUUAUAUGCUAGUGGAUUUGUCUGGUACAAAUGUAAUAGUGUUAGUAGUAAAUGGGGUCUUGAUCAAUUUCGCUCAGUAUAUUUUAACCACAAAGAGGAUUUCACCAAAUAUCCAUAUACAGGUGUAGCUUUUAUAGAUUUUAGAGCCACUGAUAUUACUAUUAGAUCAGCUAUUCCAAAAUACGAUAAUUCAACAAUGACCCUAACUCUUAAUGGUUUUCUUGAAACUCCAUCAUCUGAUCCAACGAAAAAUUAUCGUUAUGAAUUUGUUCCGAUUAAAAGUAACACAGGAAAAGGGGCAUUUUCGGAUGUUACCUAUUUUAUUGUGGCUGAAACUGAUGGCGGUGCACCACCACCGAGUACGGAAUGUGGGACCACAUAUCCAGAUGGUUUUAUCCAUCCUGAAUUAAUUACUUACACUCUUUUAUACUACCAUCCUGGGACAGAUCCAUACAUGAAA